UCUGGCCGGACGGCACCACGGAGUUCCUCCACCACUGCAGAGGACAAGGUCGCUUCGACAACGUGGAGCCCGAAGACAGAUACUUGAGCAGGGCCGUCGACUGCCAAAGGGACUUUGCGCAGAGGGUGCCGGAUGAGGGCAUGGUGGGAUUCAGUGUGCCGGGGUGGAUGGAGGGAGUGAGUGGCGAGGAGUGGUAGGCGCUCAAGGAGGUAGAGCUGGAGGAGGCUGCGGUCAGACUCUUCGCGGCCCUCCAAGCAGGCACCACCGAGCUGCAUUCGCAAGCCUUUUGGGACGCCUUGCCCAGCUCUCUCGUUGCGGCCGACCUGCCCGCCUCAGUCUCACUGGAGGAGCUGCCUUCCGGUCUCUUCCGUAGCGAGCUCACGAGAGGCAUCUAUCUUUGCCUGGGCUUCCUCAAUGCCCUCCUCGCGGCGAUCUACACAGGCAAGACCGGCUGGAUUCCGGCUCGCCUUCUCAACCACAUCAUUUCUAUCCUUCAGGCCAUCCACGACUCUCGCACAUUCUUCUACUCUACACUUACUGGGUGCGAUCACUUCAAGUUCUUUCUUCUUUGGAUUUGGAAGCCAUCUGGAGAGAGCGAGGAGAAGGACGCCAAGACGAUGGCGAGCGCACCUCAAAAGGACUUCACCGAAGGCUCGACUCCUGACGGGGAGCUCGACCUCUGCGGCGGCACCAGCAGCAGCGCGAUCUCUGCCCCGUCCACCUCUUCACUCUGAGCCCACGCUAAUUGAACUCUGGAGAGAAGUGACAAUGUGGCUGUCUGGCUGGUACGUGCUCGCGAACUCAGAGAGACUGAGAGACUCACGGUUGCUGUAUUACACGCUCACGCUCCUCUUUACCCGUCUCUUGUGCUCAGCAAACGCCGCUUCAAGCUCAGGAGGGGAUUGCCGUCGCCAAGCCAACGUCCAAGGAUCUUGCGUCUACACUCCGCCGCAAUAUCCUGCAGUCACGGUUCUCAGCAUUGAACGAUCCAGAUCGGAUGUCUCCCGUUGCGGCACUUCUUCUCUCCUCGCUGUCCAUCAUAAGCAAGAGACGAGGCGUUGCCGUCGCAUUGUCACAGGUGAUCGAACAAUGUCCAUCAACGCCCCAACUCAACCACCAACAACAGCAGCUGAACUCGCCGGCGGGCAGUCGCUAGCUUCCGCUCUUGCGGAGCUGGCCACUAACAGCAUCCCGGGCGAGGAGGAGGAGAAGAUUGAAGAAGAGGAUGAAAGCGACUCGGAGUAUGAAGAAGAGGAGCCAGAAGACGUUGACGGUUCCAAGGUCAAGAAGGGGCCCUACGGCGACAAGAGGGUCCACAAAGAUGGCCGCUCCGAAUACUUCCUCUGCUCCCGCGGUGAGCCCAGGUUCGCCAACGUCGAGCCAGGCACUCCCUCCUUCGUACGAGCAGUCCUCUGCCAGCAAGACCUGGCUGAUGAGGUGUCGAUGCCGGGGACGGCGGGGUUCAACGCGUGGGAGUGGAUGAAGGGGGUGACGGAGGAAGAGUGGGAAGCGGUCAAGGGGAUCCAGCUGGCACCGGCCGGGGUGAGGCUGAUGGCAGCCCUCGACGACGGCGAGGACGUUCAUCCACGGGCAUUCUGAGACGCCAUGCCAGAGCCUCUCCUCGCCACGGAUCUGCCCUGGACCAGCAUGCAGGAACUCCCCUCAGGCGUCUGGCAGAAUACCAAGACUGGAGGGAUUUAUUUGCUGGUUGGCUUCCUGAGAGAACUUC